AACAAAAACAGAAAGAUCAAAACAUGGAAAUCAAGGUGGAAAAUGAGCAUACCCGGAACAUCGAUGAACAAAAACUCCCCCUUUUGGUAGAUAAAUCCCUAUCCGUGACGAUAGAGAAAACCCUAGUACAAAAGGCCAUUAGCCAGACAUUUCAGAGCACAGCCCAUUUAGCCAAUCUUUUACCAACCGGGUCGGUUCUUGCUUUCCAACUCCUCUCGCCCAUUUUCACAAACCAAGGCCAGUGUGACCCAGUCAGCCGGUCCAUGACUGCUGGAUUAAUAGCUCUGUGUGGACUGUCAUGUUUUUUACUGAGCUUCACAGAUAGCUUUAAGGACAAAAAGGGAAAUAUCUGUUAUGGGUUUGCCACGGUCCACGGUUUGUGGGUCAUUGACGGGACGGUUACUCUGCCGCCCGACGAUGCUAAGAAGUACCGGUUGAAAUUUAUAGAUUUCAUGCAUGCCUUCAUGUCAAUACUGGUUUUUGCAGCUGUUGCACUGUUUGAUCAAUGUGUUGUGAGCUGUUUUUAUCCAACACCGUCCGAUGAAGCACAAGAGGUCCUUACAUCGCUGCCGGUUGGGAUUGGGGUGAUUUGCAGUAUGUUGUUUGUUGUCUUCCCUACCCAACGCCAUGGAAUUGGCUUCCCACUUACUGGUAACUAACAGUGCUGUGCCUUUGUAUCUUCAGCAAAGAUUUGUUUUCAUUCUUCUUGUGAUUGUGAAAUUCUGCUUUUGCAAGCGAAGUAUCAUUCUUCAUUUGUGUUUUCUUUGAAGUUGUGCAAUAAGAUCUUCCCCUGCAAUUGAACUACUGCAUUACGCUCCAUUUGUUUUGACAGAAAACAA